UCUACUGUAUUAAUUGAUGCUUACGAAAAUCUACUGUGAUUAUAGCGUAUAUAACGGAUAUCGCAUUUCGUAGUUUUUAUUCAGAAUUAAUGUCUUUGUAAUCGAUAAGCUUUUAAAAUAGGUAAACAACUAUAUAUUUCAAUUAGUAAAGUAAACCAAUUAAAGAGAGUUGCCAUAAGAUACAUGAUGGAUAGAGCUUGAGAAUAUUUAUUUUGACACUACUCCAAGUGAUCUAUGAGCAGAUUAGAAUUGUAUAAUAAUCAAACUAGCGUCGUUAUAUAUCCCGAUAUUUCGAGUAAAUUUCUGUUUAUAUGAAGUUCCCCAAAAGCACCGGCAAACAUGAAUUCAAAUAUCGAAGCAGUAAUUUGCAUGAACUGUUUCCUCGCACCAUGUUGGACCACGGCUCUGGUUUAUGGCUUGGAUCGAUUCCGAGUUUGUUUUUGUAAGCAGCGAAUUUACAAACUCAAAUAUCCAAGCUUGACGAACAUCUACGUUCGAUGCGUUCAGUUUAUAUUAUGGCAAUUUACCAUUCUUGUAAUGUGGCAAUCUUCACCACGUUUAGGUGAAUAUGCAUUUUGUCUUGGAUGGUUUGACGUCUUUCAAGACGAUGCCAUGUUAAUGAAAAUCUUUAUUGUUGUAAUGUUUUUGUCUUAUUCGAUCACUUUGACCUUUAUCAGCCACAACAAGAUCGAUCUGAUUACGAAAUUACGAAACGAAAGGUUCUAUGAAACAAUGGUUGUCCACAAUAAUGCUCUAGUAAGAAAAGUCUCUCUCUAUGUUUCAUUCAUCGCUAUAUUAUUAGCCAUCGUUUUUCAAAUUGUCAACUUGAAUGUUUAUUAUCCGGCUUUUGCAAAAAAGCAACACUUUCAAUUUGAAGCUCUUAUAUGCACGGUUGCAUAUGGAUUUGUAACGACUUUAACUAUAGGAGGCAUGACACAUGGUAUACUGUUGGUUGCCUUAGUCAUGCAUGUUUCUUACAGAGAGUUUGAAGACGUUUGCUCGGAUUUCUGCGUAAUAAGGUGCAGUGACAGAAAUCUAAGAAAAAAAUUACAAGAUUUAAUGAUCCGUCAUCAAGAAUUGUGGACUUUUAUAAAUCAGUUGAACACAAAAUUCGGUAUGAUUUUGGAAGUUGUUUAUUUCGGAAUAAUUUGGGGAACGAGCUUUUUGUAUUACGCUUACUUGUAUAUUCACAUGUAUGGGAUUUUAAGAAUUUGGAUAUUCAUGCUGAUAAUUGUUCUUUCGUUUGUCUGCAUUAUAUGGGGCUGUUUUCUAUGCUGCAUUGCUUUCACGAUGCAAAACGGAUUUCAAGACAUUCGGCAAUUUUCAACUUGCGAUUUGGAUUUGCCACAACAACUAAAAGUUAUUUUGAUUUUAUUGUUAUUAUAAAUUAGAUUUGUUUAAUAAAUUUAAUAUUGAAUAUAAAUUCUUUGUCAGGUAUUGGAUUUCAUGAAAAGAUUUGGAAAAGUCUCCUUGUGUUUGUUCAUUGGUUUCCGCUACGUGGAUAAGAGGAUUCCUCUGAAGAUGGCUUCAACUCUACACUCCGUGUUCUCGGGUUUAUUAAAGUUGAAGAAUGCAGCAAAUUUCCAUAGAAGCUGUCAGCAGACGUUCACUAACUUCUCUGGUUGAAGAGAAAACAAUCAAACUUCGUUCACGUGUACUACAACAUGAA